CCCCCCCCUUCCCUUCUCGACCCAGCUGUACCAGCUACCCAGCCUUUCUUAGCGUACCCCCUUUCAAGGAAAUUUGGACCUCAAAAUAUAGUGAUCACCCGCAAGGUGGCCUCACAUCUGAUCGUCCCUCUAAACUACUCGUACCAGUCCAAACUCUACGGGUAACGGGAAAGCUACCUUCUUUUUACUUCUCUGCCCCAAAAUACCCAAUCUACUCAAUCUACUACUCCACUGCAACACCAUAUCUCCUCGUCGACCUUCCCCUCGCACCUUCCUGAGAAUCAUUGUCCCUCGCUACCUUUCCAUUCAGGCCAACACCACAGCCGCUCGCUCUCCUACUAUACACGGUGGGGUAGCUCUCUCGCCCCUGGAACCACCACACAUUUCCUCAUACCGCUCUUAAUUCACAACCAUCCACUAUGAAGGCUCUCAUUCUCGUCGGCGGCUUUGGCACGCGCCUGCGCCCACUCACCCUCACACUGCCCAAGCCACUGGUGGAAUUCGGCAACAAGCGCAUGAUCCUGCAUCAGAUUGAGGCUCUGGCAGCCGCAGGCGUCACGGACAUUGUCUUGGCCGUCAACUACCGCCCUGAGGUCAUGGAGAAGUACCUUGCCGAAUACGAAGAGCAAUACAACGUCAAGAUCACAUUCUCGAUCGAGACAGAGCCCCUAGGCACUGCCGGCCCGCUCAAGCUCGCCGAGAAGACCCUCGGAAAGAACAACGAGCCCUUCUUCGUCCUCAACUCCGACGUCAUCUGCGAGUACCCCUUCGCCGAGCUCGCCGCCUUCCACAAAGCCCACGGCGACGAAGGCACCAUCAUCGUGACCAAGGUCGAGGAGCCCUCGAAAUACGGCGUCGUAGUCCACAAGCCCAACCACUCCUCGCGCAUCGACCGCUUCGUCGAGAAGCCCGUCGAGUUCGUCGGGAAUAGGAUUAACGCCGGUCUCUACAUCCUGAACCCCAGCGUCCUCGAGCGCAUCGAGCUGCGCCCUACUUCCAUCGAGCAGGAGACCUUCCCGUCGAUGUGCGCGGAUGGGCAGCUUCACUCCUUCGACCUCGAGGGCUUCUGGAUGGACGUCGGUCAGCCAAAGGAUUUCCUCACCGGAACUUGCCUCUACCUCGCCUCUCUCAGCAAGAAGAACUCGAAGCUCCUCACACCGACAAGCACACCCUACGUCCACGGCGGAAACGUCCUGAUCGACCCCUCCGCCAAGAUCGGACGCAACUGCCGCAUCGGUCCCAACGUCACUAUCGGCCCUGACGUCGUUAUUGGCGACGGUGUGAGGCUCCAGCGCUGUGUUAUCUUGCAGGGCAGCAAGGUCAAGGACCACGCGUGGAUCAAGUCUACGAUUGUGGGAUGGAACUCCAGUGUCGGGAAGUGGGCGCGUCUCGAGAAUGUGUCGGUCCUCGGUGACGACGUCACGAUCGCGGAUGAGAUCUACGUUAAUGGCGGCUCGGUCCUACCUCACAAGACUAUCAAGGCGAACGUCGAUACUCCCUCUAUCAUCAUGUAAAGUGGUGCAGCGAGCGAACCUCUACUGAUUCUCGGGCGUGCGUGCGUGCCACCGCGGCGGGCUGUUUGUCUGUCAGCUAUCUAGCUGCUCGAUUCUUGUCGCGCUGCUCUACACACAAGGGGGACACUUUGGUACAAAAAAAAGCAAGAACAUAUAUAUAAAAAAAAUCACAUAAUCCCCAAAUCCUCCGCUUGCCGACACUCUAAUAUCUCUCUCCCCUCUACUGUCGCUUGGCAGAACAGUUUGCGGCGGCUAUCAUAUUACCAUUCUCAUUGCUUCUUUUUUCGGCGGGGGGGUUAUUACGGAUUCAUGCAUCGGUAGGCGGGCUGGAGCGCGCAAAAUGGUAUGACAGGGAGGAGGAGGAGGGUAUACUGGGCUGUAUGUGUGCUGUGCUGUGCGUUGUUGUUGCGCGUUUGGGCAAUCUCUCCUCGACAAUAAGGCGGGGUGGGGGUGUGUGUACAAUCUGCGAUGAAUGGUAUGGAAUGGAUUGAUGGAUUGAUGGAUGGAUGGUAUGGAUGUUUUUUCUGGUUGUAUUAUAGUAGGUAGCUUAUUUACCUUGGAUGAGGUAUGCUUUUUCUAGAACGGGCUUUGCUAUUUGUUUGUUCUCCUUUUUCGCUCUUGGCAUCAUGUAGGCUUGUGAUAUAUAUGCUGAUGGGGGAGGGUUCAUACUUCAAAUAAACCGG